UGUCGUUUCACGGAAUCAGAACUGUUACACAGAAAUCAUCACACCAUGCCGUCUGCUUGUGACUCUCUGCUGGAUGAUAUUGAGGAUAUGGUGACCUCGCAUGACCCCACUCCUCACGAGCGGCAGUUCGCCCGGAGGAACAUCGUGCCUCGUCCACGCAGACACCAGCUGCAGCCCGCAGGAGAAGAGCUGCAGACAGACAGCGUGAUUCCCGGCACACAGAAGGUCUGGGUGAGGACCUGGGGCUGCUCUCACAACAGCUCUGAUGGAGAAUACAUGGCCGGACAGCUGGCUGCCAGCGGAUACAAGAUCACAGAGAACCCGUCUGACGCUGAUCUGUGGCUGCUGAACAGUUGCACAGUCAAAAACCCAGCAGAAGAUCACUUCAGGAACUCCAUCAAGAAAGCGCAGGAGCAGAAUAAGAAGGUGGUUGUGGCGGGAUGUGUGCCGCAGGCCCAGCCCAGGACAGACUACCUCAGAGAGCUGAGCAUCAUCGGGGUCCAGCAGAUCGAUCGAGUGGUGGAGGUCGUGGACGAGGCUAUCAAAGUUCCCUUUGAAAUAAUAAAGCCUUCCCAUAGUCACAUGCAAUCCAUGGAGGAUCAGCGUUUAGCUGUUGGGCUUGUGAAGUUAGAGGAAUAUGUCUCACUCUGUCUGAACGCUUGCACAUACUGCAAAACCAAACACGCCAGAGGAGAUCUGGCCAGUUACCCCAUCGAGGAGCUGGUGGAGAGAGCCCGACAGUCCUUCCAGGAGGGCAUCUGUGAGAUCUGGCUGACCAGCGAGGACACGGGUGCGUACGGCAGGGACAUCGGCACGGACCUGCCCUCUCUGCUCUGGGAGCUGGUGAAGGAGAUCCCGGAGGGAGCCAUGCUGCGCCUGGGCAUGACCAACCCACCGUACAUCCUGGAACAUCUGGAGGAAAUGGUCCGGAUCCUGCAGCACCCGCGGGUCUACGCCUUCCUCCACGUGCCGGUGCAGUCUGCGUCUGACAGCGUGCUGAUGGACAUGAAGAGAGAGUACUGCUGCGCAGACUUCAGACGCGUCACAGACUUCCUCCAGGAGAGGGUUCCAGGCAUCACUAUUGCCACAGACAUCAUCUGCGGUUUCCCAGGUGAGACGGAGGAGGACUUUGAGCAGACGAUGGAGCUGGUGAGGCAGUACUGCUUUCCCAGCCUCUUCAUCAACCAGUUCUACCCGCGGCCUGGGACUCCAGCGGCCAAGAUGGAGCAGGUUCCAGCGCACGUGAAGAAACAAAGAACUAAAGAGCUCUCUGCCCUCUUCCACUCGUACAAGCCUUAUGACCACAAGAUCGGCGAGAGGCAGCGUGUGCUGGUCACUGAGGACUCCUUCGAUUCGCAGUACUACGUCGCUCACAACAAGUUCUACGAGCAGGUUCUGGUGCCCAAGAAGCCAGAGUUCAAAGGGAAGAUGAUCGAGGUGGACAUAUACGAGGCUGGGAAGCACUACAUGAAGGGCCGGCCGGUGGAGGACGCACGGGUCUUCACUCCCUCCAUCGCUCAGCCUCUUCAGAAGGGACAGGUGUCUGGACUCCCUCAGGAGCUGAAGGUGUCCCAUCAGAACGGCGCCUGCGCUUCGGUGGCUUCCUCUGUGCUCGUGGGACGGUCCUGGAGGUUUGACUGUGAUGGACUCAAGCUGCUGUCAUUGGGACUCGCUCUGGCUGCUGUAAUCGUGGCUCUUUUGAUUGAGAAGCUCCACUGACGCCGUAAAUUCAACUCAACGUUUCGGCCUUAUAGAGUGAGCAGCGACCCGAGAAAUUAAACCAGUACUCAAAUAUAACGUCUUGUGUUUUAAGGUCAAAUAAAUGUAGAUGAGGCUGGAUGGUUUGGGACAUUUCGUUUUUAACUGCUAAUUAAAGACUGUGUUUAAAUUUUAAAGGCUGAAACCUAUUUUGCUUGCUAGUGACGCCAUCCAUUGUGACAUUUUAGAAAAGCUUUCUUUUUUGUCAAGUACUUUUUUUGUUUGUAGAAAUUGAAGCCUCUUUGCGUAUGAACGAGGACAGCUUGAAUGCGUCUUUGGCUUUCUGUUCAUUUUCAAUCCCAGCAGUCAUUCAUUCUCAGGCCAGGUGUCUCACUGUUGGCUUUGGGCUAAGAGCAGCAGACUCUUCCCGUCUUUGUUCCCAGCAUAAAGCACGUCUAAUAAAUGAGACUCCACACUCUCAGCUCUGU